AUGAUAGGACAAAGUAUGAACGGGUAUAAAAAAGAGGGAAAGUCGAUGAAUACACCUCAGUCAACUGGCAGAAACCGAGACAGACAAAUCAGCAAGGCUGCAGUACUGAACAGAACAAUGAAGUUGUUGGUCUUGGCUUUGACCGUCACCCUGCUGUUUACAGCUGGUGAAGCCCUGAACUGCCACCGGUGUAUCCCCAAAAAGGCUGGAGGAACCUGUGAGCUCACUGUGGAGACCUGUAAACCAGAGAAGGAUGGCUGUGCUGCUGCCAGGUUCCUCAGAGAACCAAAUGGCCAUUUCCAGAAAUGCAUGGCUCUGUCAGACUGUGAAAUGCUGAAGAUGAACGCCUACAUUGAUAUAAAGUGCUGUAGCAACGACAUGUGCAACACCUUAGAAAAUUCAAUAUAAAAAGAGCAAGGCACUGAAAACCUGCUGCAGACUGCGGUACUGUGAACGCAUGUAGGAAUUCAAAGCAGCUACUCUUUAAAACAGCUAAAUUUGCUCUGUCAACUCUUUACCUGGACAAAUAAAAAAGAGCCUGUUCUCA